CGCGCUGCUCACUGACCAGCCAAUCAGACGGAGUCGAACUGUCCAAUCGGAGUCGAGCACUCCUCUUGUGGUUAGAGUCGGACCAACAUGGAGGAGCUGGAGACGAAUCUCUCCGUUGCUCCGGACGACGGAGACGGAGCCUCCGUGUCCUUCGAGCUUCCCUCGACCCCGGAUAACCCAGGAACCUCGACUGGGUCUCAGGUCAGUGAUCGACUCUUCCAUCUGUUCACGCUCCUGUUAGAAGGGAAGAAGCUGCCGGUCGGGCGUCCCAAGCUCGACGUGUCCCGAGAUGAGCUGGAGGACCUGAUCGAUAUGGACCUGUCCGUCCCCUGCAUCUCCAGGACGCUCGGCAUCUCGGUGAAGACUGUCCGCCGCCGGAUGCAGCAGUGGGGCCUGUCCAUCAAGGAGAGCUACAGCAAGGUGACGGACGACGAGCUUGACUUCAUGGUCGCCGCGAUCAGGGCCGACUCGCCCAAUCUGGGACAGAGGAUGAUGAAGGGGCGUCUCAAGGCGUUAGGCCACAGGGUCCAGUGGACCCGAGUGUGGGAGUCGAUGCACCGUGUCGACAAACCGGCAGCAGGCGACGGACCGAUUGACCUCGGGUGUGAUGGGAGGACGAGGACGACUAACGGUGAUCAAGCUCCUCUGUCACUCGUUCAUGUCAACACCAACCACGAGUUGAUCAGGUAUGGAAUUGUGAUGUUCGGUGGAAUUGCUGGAUUUUCCCGAAAGAUCCUGUACCUCCGAGCGGCCAAUAACAACAGGCCGUCAACGGCUCUGGACUUUUUCCAGGAAGCUGUCGACACACACGGAUUUCCAUCCAGGGUCCGAGGAGACCAGAGUUUGAAAAACGCUGAAAUCGCCCGACACAUGUUGGAAGUUUCUGGCUGCGGCAGAGGAAGCUUCACUCCCGGGAGCAGCGAUCGUGACCAGAGGAUCGACCACCUGUGGCGCGACGUCUGGAAGGACGUGUCCAGUAUUUACCACGACCUGCUGCACAGCCUGGAGGAGGACGCUCUGCUCGACCCGGAGAACCACACGCACCUGUUCUGUGCCCAGUACGUCUUCUUGCCUCGGAUCCAGAGAGACCUGGACGCGUUCGCCGACAGAUGGAACAACUGCUCGCUCCACACGGAGCGUGACCUCACGCCCAAUCAGCUGUGGGAGCAGGAGAAGACGGUCGGCGCUUCAGACGACGUCAAGGAGGACAUUUUUCCAGGAGUGAAGAUCACAGAUAUGGAUCAAGCCAGAGUUCUGGUUCCGGAGGUGGAAUCUCCGCUCGGCAGUGAAGAGCUGGACGCACUUCACCAACUUUUCAGUCCCACAGCUCCGUCGUUGUGUUUUGGGGCCGACGUCUUCUGCGCCGUGGUUCACUACGUGGACGGCGUCCGAGAAUCACGGCAGGAAGCUCAUGACUCAAACUGACUGACGCGUUACUAAAUAUGUAACACGCAACAUUUUCAAACAACAACAACAAAAAAAUUCCAGACUAUCCCUUUAAAUGUCAAAGCACUUGAAACGUGAGGGGGGGAGACUGUUAUAUUGUCAUUGUAAAGAGAUGUAAAUAAAAGAUUUUUUGAUUUUAAA